GCUAGUUAUAAUAAUGGAGGGUGUGUGCAGCUGUGUGUUGUGAGGUUCCUUAUCGACGAAAUUAUGAAAAUUAGAUAGAUAUCAGUUAUCACAAAUCAAUCUUCAAAUCAGAAUGUAUUUAUUGGGUGUCGUCUUCUGGGCUGUUCUGGCGGUAGCCAAAUCACAGAUUCUACAACAGUUCACACAGAACCCAUGUGUUUCACGGUCGACUUGCCAUGAAUGUAUAGCGACUCCCACAUGCGCGUGGUGUUAUGACACAGUAAACAUCAACACAACCAAACGAUGCUUCCAACCGAGCUACCCUCUACCUCCUCUCGAUCAAUGCGACCCCUCGAAAAUCUACAACCCCGACAACGAAAUGAUAAUGAUUGCAAACGCGGCCUUGUCGAUGCGCCAAGAAUCAGGAAGUGAAGGUGGAACCAUUGUCUCCGGAUACGAGGGAAGUUCGUCGUCCUCUGGAAGUUUUUCUGGUAGUCAAAGUGGCAGUGGCUACGGAGGAGGCGCCUGGGAAGGAGGUGGCGGCAUCACUCAAGUUAGACCACAAAGAAUUAAACUAAAACUAAGAGCGAGACAGCAGUACAGCAUUAGCAUGUAUUAUACUCAGGCGGAAGAUUAUCCAGUUGACCUGUAUUAUUUGAUGGACUUGAGUAAGUCUAUGCAGGACGACAAGGAAAAGUUGUCGGCUUUGGGUGACCACCUCGCCCAAACUAUGCAAAAUAUGACGUCGAAAUUCAUGUUGGGUUUUGGAAGUUUUGUUGAUAAGGUUGUGAUGCCUUACGUCAGUACGAUACCCGAGAAGUUACGCCACCCCUGCAACGAAUGUGUCGCUCCCUACGGAUUUCUCAAUCACAUGCCACUGAGCACUAACACGAAAAUGUUUUCUCAAAUGGUGAAAAGUGCCUCAGUUUCUGGCAAUCUAGACGCACCAGAAGGUGGCUUUGACGCGAUCAUGCAAGCUGUAGUGUGUCGCGACCAAAUCGGUUGGAGAGAGAAGGCUAGACGUCUUUUAGUAUUUUCAACCGACGCUGGCUUCCACUACGCAGGAGACGGCAAGUUGGGCGGAAUCGUCAAACCGAACGAUGGUGAAUGCCAUUUGGACACGAAAGGAUACUACACGAUGUCAUCAAGGCAAGACUAUCCCAGCAUAUCGCAAAUCAAUACAUACGUGAAGAAAAACGCCAUCAAUGUGAUUUUCGCAGUCACUAAAGAUAAAGUGGAUAUCUACGAACAGCUCAGGCAACACAUUGAAGGGUCCUCAUGCGGUCAAUUAUCAAAUGACUCCUCGAAUGUGGUUGAUUUGAUCACUGAACAAUAUCAAGCUAUUUCAUCCACCGUUGAGAUGAAGCACAACGCUUCGAGCGCCGUCAAUAUUAAAUUCUUCUCAAAGUGCCUUAACGGCAAUAACGAAGAAGUGGAAACCAACAAAUGCGGGAACAUAAAAGUAGGCAGUUUAGUUCAGUUCCGCAUCCAACUCGAAGUGGUUGAGUGUCCUGCUGACCCCCGAGACACGAAACAACUAAUCCAAAUAUACCCAGUUGGUUUGAACGAGAGUUUAAUCAUCGACUUGACAAUGCUCUGCGAUUGUCCGUGUGAACACGAAGGUCUCGAGAUUAAUUCCCCCAAAUGUCACAGCCACGGUACCUUCAUGUGUGGUAUUUGCGAAUGCGUGGAACCCGCAUAUGGACCAACAUGCGAAUGUAAUAAAGCUGGCACGACGGCGAACGUUUCAACCGCCAAUUGUAUAAACCCGAAAAACGGGCUAGAAUGCAGUGGAAGGGGCAACUGUAUCUGCGGGAAAUGCGAAUGCGAACAGAGGACCAACCCUGAAGAGAUAAUCAGCGGAGAACAAUGCGAAUGUGACAACUUCUCCUGCGAACGUCAUAAAGGACAACUCUGCAGCGGUCCAACCCAUGGACAAUGCGUUUGUGGAGUUUGUGAGUGUAACGAAGAUUGGACGGGAGAUAACUGUGCCUGUAAGAAUGACACAAAGUCGUGUCUGCGGCCGGGUACGGAAGACCCGACGAAGUUGUGUUCAGGGAACGGAGAGUGCCUCUGUGGGGAAUGUAAGUGUAACGCAAAUGACGAGGGAUUCUAUUUUGGACGUUUUUGUGAGCACUGUACGUUCAAGAAUUGUUCCGACGAUUGCAACAAAUAUAAACAGUGUGUCCAGUGUCAGCAGUAUAAAACGGGCAAUUUGACGGAGGAAGAGUGCCAGAAGUGUCCUUUCACUCCCACUUCGGUGCGUGUGGUAGAAGUGGUCGACAAAAACGGCGAAGUCCUUUGCCCCUUCUAUGACGAAGACCACUGUCGAUUCAGUUUCGUUUACUAUUUUGAUGAAGAAAACAAGUUACGAGUGCGGGCGCAAGAAGAGCGCGAAUGUCCAACAACAGUCUUCCUUUUGGGUAUCGUCCUGGGAGUGAUAGCAGCUGUGGUCCUUCUGGGAAUGGCUGUGUUACUCUUGUGGAAGUUACUUACCACUGUCCACGACAGGCGGGAGUUUGCCAAAUUCGAAAAAGAAGCGAUGAUGGCAAGAUGGGAUACGGGCGAAAACCCCAUUUAUAAGCAGGCCACGUCGACGUUUAAAAAUCCAACGUACGCAGGGAAGAGUUAGAUCUGGUUUAAGUUAUUUUUUGUAAAUAUUUAGGUUAGUGCCCCGUAAUCGUAUACUACUGCCAUUUCGAUUAAUUCACUAGGUUCUUGGAUGGCGUGCCAUUUAUUUAUACAAUUUUUUUACUUUAAGUAGAUGUACUUAAACAUCAUAGAUUGUGAUUCACACGAUUCUGCCUUAUCGUUAAUCUGCCUUCGAAGAUGGGCCUUGUAGGUUUUAAGAUACUAAUGGAGAAAUUCAUAUUUUAUAGUAAGCAUUUGUGUAUAUUAACGUGUAGUUUAUAGAUUUUAAGAUUGAUCUAAUGACGACUGUUACUGUAACUGAUAUUUUGUUUGAUUUUGUAUAAUAUAUCUGUUUUAACCA